AGUAGGAGUGCACGUGGUUGCUUCGUGAGCAAUGGCUACGAACAUGUUGGACGUUGAGCGCUUGAUAGAGAGUGUACGCAGCUGUCCUUGCCUGUGGAAGGUCAACUGCCAAGUAUACAAGGACCUGCGUGCACGAGAAAACGCUUGGAAGUGGAUUGCCAGCGAGUUGGGUGUCUCGGCAGAACUCUGCCAAAAGAAAUGGAAGAGUCUCCGAGACAAGUACGUGAGGGAGGUUAAACUUCUUCAGAAGAAACGUUUGUCCGGGACCGGAGGUCCACCUCCAACGUCUUCGUGGGUUUUCUUCACCGUGAUGACUUUUCUGGACAUUUCCGUGAAGCACAGAACAACAGACAGCAAUUUUUCAUUGCUGGAAAGUCAACAGGAGAGUCAACAACAGGAAAGUCAACAACAGGAGAGUCAACAACAGGAGAACCAGCCAGGAGAGAGCCAGCCAGCAGAGAGUGAACCCUAUGACAGUGAUGAGACAGUCGACAAUCAUGAAAGCAAUGAAGCACACAACAGCUCGGUCAUUUGUCAGGUAGAGACUGGACCGCGUCAACUAAGCAUCACUCCUGCCACCAAAAGAAAGAGACGUCGUAAGGGACCAGAAGACGAGCUAGAGACUUCAAUUGUAGAAAGGCUAAACUCGUUAGACUCAAAGAGGGCUCAUGUCGACUCCGAUGAGGAUGGUUUGUUCGGUAGGCAGAUAGCUGCUACUCUACGGAGAUUUCCCUAUGAGAAGAAGGCGUUCGCAAAGCUCAGACUUCAACAAGUGAUGUUAGAGGUAGAGCUUGGUGGGUCAGGAGAUGGCUUUUCUCUGUUUAGAGAGAGCACCCAUAGGUCACCAACCAUGCUUGUGUGCAUCACUGUGUAG